UCGACUUUUAGGAUCCCUAUACCAUCAUUAUUCAUAAAUAAACAAUGGAAAAAAGUGGACAAAAAUCAAUAUACUCGUAGUUCUUAAUAUUGGAACAAACCCACGCUUCAUGUGCAUUUGAUGUUAAUGAGCAUUUAUUUCACUGUGCCUUCUGUGUGAUACGAUCUGUGUUCUCAUACUACUACAACUCAUACUAUCUCUUCCCCAUGUUAAUGUAAACUAAUCCUGCAACAAAAUGCCUUUAUCGAAAUGCUUUCCUUGUCUGCAAUUCAAGAACGAGGAGGUCAUAACAAAGCUAGAUUACAGCAAUACUGUACUCACCGAUAUGUUCCCUUUGGUUUGGCAGCAUGAACGAACUUUGGAAGAGCUGAACUUAACGUCCACCCGUAUAAACAACCUCCCGCCCCAGCUCUUCUAUUGUCUGGGGCUGAAGAUUCUAAAUGCCAACAACAACAAUAUAGAAAACAUACCCGAGGCGGUGGGCACUCUGCGCCAGCUCCAGCAAUUGAAUUUAAAUCGCAACUAUAUCUCCAGUGUUCCCGAAAGUAUUAAGUCCUGCAAGCAUUUGACGCACUUGGAUCUUAGUUGUAAUACAUUACAACGCCUUCCUGAUGCAAUUACGUCCUUAAUAUCUCUGCAGGAGCUGUUGUUGAACGAGACCUAUAUGGAAUUCCUGCCGGCCAACUUUGGUCGCUUGGUGAAUCUGCGAAUUGUGGAAUUGCGGCUUAAUAGUUUGGUUUCGCUGCCGAAGUCCAUGCAGCGCUUAGUUAAUUUGCAAAGGCUGGACAUUGGCGGAAAUGAAUUCACCAAGUUACCGGAAGUCAUUUUUGAGCUGAAGCAAUUACGUGAGUUCUGGUUUGAUUUCAAUCAAAUCCGUGUCAUACCACCAAUGGUGGGCAAGCUGCGGGAGCUGCAACACUUUGAGGCGAAUGGGAAUUUCAUAAGCUCCCUUCCAAAUGAGAUUAGCAGUUGGCACAAUUUAGAGGUGAUCUCUAUAUCCACCAACGACCUUUCCACAUUCCCUUUUAGCAUAGGCAUGCUAAAAUCCCUUGUUACUUUUAAGUGUGAGUCUAAUGAGCUCACCGAACUACCCGAUAGUAUAUCAAAUUUGCAUAAUCUCGAAGAGUUGGUUAUAAGCCACAACAAAGUUAAACGUUUGCCCAGCACCAUAGGCAUGCUGAGGAAAUUAAGAUACUUGUUUGCCGAUGACAAUGAUCUCCGUCAACUGCCCGAGGAGAUAUGCUCCUGUUCCAAUCUCAGCGUUUUAAGUGUGAGCCGCAAUAAAAUCACGGAAUUGCCUAGCAAUAUUGGCCACUUGCGGCAGCUGAAAGUAUUAAAUAUUGUACAAAAUCAUAUAGCCACGUUACCAGUGUCGGUAUUUAGUUUGGUUAACUUAACAUCGCUAUGGAUAAGCAACAAUCAAGCCCAGCCGUUAGUCCCCUUGCAAUAUGUGGAUGCCACAAAGAAAACACAUUUGACCUGCUUUAUGUUGCCUCAACUGGGUUCUAAACAAACCCCUCGGAAUAGUGAUGAGACAGAAGAAUUGUACAACAGCAUAAGGCGGCAGGCGCCUAUCACACCAGCCAAUAACUGUGUAAGUCCCACUCGCCGCAUAUGCUUUGCCGAGGAGACCACAAUACUCAAUACAAAUCAAACUUCGCCCACGUUAGGCCAGACUACGGGGAAGACCAGUGAUAACAAUAUACAGCCAACCACAUCCUCUCUUCCUAUUCCCUCAAACAAUGCGUAUGGUGGCAGUGGUACGACACAGACAAGAGAUAAUGUUAACUUUGUACCUGCAGGACCUAAGGAUUUUCUAAUGCGAUCACCAACGCCAUAUCCAAAGGAGCUACGGCUCAUGGCAAAAUAUCUACGACGCAAUCAACAUAAGCCCUUCGAAGAACAAUUUCAGGCUGAAGUCGGAGGAGAGGAAGCUAUAGCGAUGGCGGAUGAUCAGCAAGAAUUUGUUGAAUUUGUGCCAAGCAGUCAGUCUGCCACAUACGUUACCAAUUAUGCUUUGCACCAUGCCGCUGCAGACUCGGCCCAUCACAUUUUUCAAGCACAUGCUUCGAAUGCCAAUUGGCAGCAAGUGCCAGUGGCUGAAAGUGAGCAACGUAAUAGCUUAGCAAUACCGAAUGGGAAUAUCUAUUAUGAAAAUGGUUACAAUUUACCAACCUACAAUGGACCGAUAUACCAACAAGUGCCACAAUCCACACACUCCCAACAGGAAUACUAUUACCAACAUGCCGAGCACAACCAGUUACAAUCCCAAACACCAGAACAAAUCUAUUAUCAUUCCAACAUAACUCCUAUGGUGGAACAAAUGACUUUAGAACCUACCAAUGGCAAUGGCUUGUUGGAUCCUCCACCUUAUCAUAUUGCUAGAAGUUUUACCAAAAAGACACCAGAAGAUUUGACAAAUUAUGAGGUAAUACGACAAAAGCAACAACAACAUGCCUAUUCAAAAACUGAUAAUAUCAACGUACAUUCCCAUGCCAUAUACCAAAUGAUUCAACCGUUAGCAAAGGAAACCGACUACCAGAAUAACUUAAAAACUGCCCAUAUUACCUAUGACGAUGACAACCCAGUUACAGUGACACAGAAUUCUCUAAAAGAACAAAAUAACCACCAGACAGACGAAGAGGUACAUGAACGCGAUUCAACUGUUCAAAAGGAAAACAAUAAUCCAAUGGACAAUGCUAAGGCUGCACCAAUGACAGCCAAGAACAACAGUAACACUCUCAAAAGUAAAUCCCCAUGGCUUUUUGGGGCGCACAAAAAUCCAACCGUUAAACAAAUCUCUUUGAAAUGGGAAAACCAAAGAGGUUUCGACAUAGAUAUACUGCCCAACAAAGAAGGCAUCUACGUCAUAUCGACCACGCCGGACACGGAAGCUUCGCGUCUACUGUGCUUGUAUGACAAAUUGCUCGAUGUGGAUGGAAAUGAUUUUACUAGUAUUACCAUAAGCGAAGCUCGCCGACUAUUAAAUAAUACUGGAAAUAUUAUAAGCAUCAUGCUAUCGCGUAGAUAAACCCAAAGCUAGCAUUUCUUCUGUCUGCUCUCUAUCUCUUUCUAAAACUUCAUAACUCAUGGGUGAAUUACUAAUGCAGCUAAUAGGAGAGCUAUUCAGUAGCCAUAGAAGAGUGAAUAGUUGCAACACCGCGCAUUGCAAUAAGAGGAUUGACAACCUAUGAACGGCGUCAUCUCUACAAUUUUAAUCAUGUGCAAAAAUAAGUCUGAGACACCUAGUGUUACAUUACAACAACAACAAGA